AGGGCAUUCCUGGACCAAUUUAACCCCAGCUUGAAGAAUUUUGUCACUAUGGGCAAACACUAUGAGAAAGCCCUCACAGGAGUGACGGUGGCAGCGAAGGGCUACUUCGACGCUCUGGUCAAGCUGGGAGAGCUGGCCAGCGACAGCCAAGGCUCCAAGGAGUUGGGUGACACAUUGUUCCAGAUGGCCGAGGUCCACAGACAGAUCCAGGUGCAGCUGGAAGACGUGCUCAAGUUGUUUCAUUCCGAGCUGCUGACCCAGCUGGAGCAGAAGUUGGAACUGGACAUCAAAUACCUCACAGCCACAUUGAAGAAGUACCAGAAUGAGCGGCGGUCGAAAACCGAUUCUAUCGAGCGCUGUCAGAGCCAGCUGAAGAAACUGCGAAGGAAGAGCUUAGGCAGCCGUCACCCGAACAAGUACGGAGACAGAGAGAUGCAGUUUGUGGAGCUGAUGAGUCGCCGCCAAGUAGAGCUGGACUCGCUGGUCGCUACGGGUUACAGGUCGGCGCUCACCGAGGAGAGGAGGCGAUACUGCUUCCUGGUGGACAGACAGUGUUGUGUGACCAAGCUGCUUAUCAACUACCACUGCAAGGUGAGAGAGCUCCUGUCGCAAAAACUGUCAUCGUGGCAACAGUCGUGCACUCAGCCGACCAAGCUUCCGGAGCGCGCUCUCAACCUGCUGCGUCACACAGCGCCGCAGAGCUCCGGAGCCGCCGGGAUCGCCGAGGUCCUCCGACACACCAAGCUGGGCAGCUCUCAGUCAGAACAGAGGCUGUCAGUACAAGAGGUCCCACCCCUGUUGAAUGGCGACCGCUCCCAGCAGCAGCGCUCGCUCCCCUCCUCGUCCUCGCUGAGCGACGCCUGUCCUCAGGUCUCCCCUCGGACGUUCCGGCCCGUGUCCGCCGCUGGAUUAGGGGGCGCGGGGGGUUCGUCGAGAGGAGCGUCUCCUCAACGCGGUUGCUCCCCCCUCAGCGUGUCCGCCGGGAGCCCCCUGGCCGACAGCAGCACUAGCGGCAGCGCCAGCCCGGCCGCGUCCCAGUCCUCCGGUCUCCUCAUGGCCGCCAACACAAGCAACCUGUCGCCGAGCCUCAUCCCCUCCACCGUCAUGUCGCUCAGCCAGAUGUCCCCGACCGGUGGCUCCUCGCAGGGCGUGACCCUCGCCAUACCGCACGGCGCCCCCCACAGCCCCCCUUUGCCUCACAGCGCCCCUCUGUCCAGGGCUAUGACUCCUGUGCAGCUGCUGCACCAACAGGUGUGCCCGGGAGUUAACAACACUCUCCCUCCUGCUCAUCCUUGGCUGAUGAAGGCUGCGGAGAUGUGUGCCACGGCCACUCUUCCGCUACCCAAGAGGCCUGGCAGUGAAAUGAGGCUAGGCGGCUUUCAAGGUGCCAGGACGCUACCUCUAUCGGGGCCCACGCGGGUGGAGGCCAUGUUCGCUCACUCGCCUGGAGAAUCUGAAGGUGGAGGAAGAGGAGGAGGCGGUGCUUCCUUGCUGCACUUCCUGCCCGGGGACAGCAUCACUCUACUGAUUUCUGAGCCGAGGGACGGCUGGCACUAUGGGCAGAAUGAUCGGACCGGACGGAAAGGCUGGUUCCCUUUCUCCUACACUCAGCCACAACAUAGCCGGACGGAUCACCUUCAGAGGCGAGUCAGCCUAGACCAUACACCUAAAAACUCGCUCUUCCUAUCAAAGGCCAACAGCACCAGCAUGAGCCAGCUGGACCAGCUGGUGUCUCCGGCUCUCACCCCAGAGUCCGAGGGGGAGCGCUCCCUCCCUCUCCAGAGGAUCAGCACCUUCCGCCCGCGCCCGUACAGCAUGGCUGACAGCAACAAGAUAUGUGCACAGUUGGCCUCCUCACCACCAUCUCCAACUAGGACCAACCCUUUUGCCCACGUUCGCCUCCGAAGAACGGUCACCAACGAUCGCUCAGCUCCCAUCAUCGAGUGAGCGCUCCUCUUUACAGAACAGAUUCAAUAGUACUCUCCUCUCUGUUUUCCUAUUAGUCAUUUAAUCUGAUACCAGUUACUUGGGGGGGGGCGUCAGUAUUUCUAAAGGAGAGUGUGUGUGCGUGUAUGCGGAACAGAUCUGUGAUUAAGAGAAUAAAUCUUAAAUUGUUCAUUUCGACUAAAAGCAGGUGUGGGCCACUGUUUUCAGGAACGUCCUAAAUGUAUGAAGAAAAAAAAAUAGCAUGGAUCAAAUUAUUAUAUAAAAUAUUAUGAGCAAUGUUUUCAGGACCACCACUGCUCUAGAGAAACACUAAUAGUCAAAAUUGAGAUGAUUUUUGACAUUUUUGCUGUAUAUUAUCAGUCUGCUGUAAUCAUCAGUUUUAGGCUUCUCAAUAAGAACUUCAUGUGCUCUUUAGCAAACCGUAGUGCUUUUGGUUUGCUUUCUUGCCUCAUUCACAGAAGUGCUUGUAGCUUUGUGUAUUGCAAGGACUGGUUCCUAUUUACAGCUUGACACAUCAAGUCAAGUGUUGUGCCUCGGGAACAGGUUCCUACUGUAAUUGUCGGAUUGUUGCCUUAUUUUCCAUAUAGUUUUGAUUCAUGUGUUCACACUGCUUUUAGAUGUAGUUAUCGUGUAAAUUGUAUGACUUCACACCCAACUGUGAAUGUGCAGGUGAAGGUGAUGACAGGUUGAGGCCAGUAUUCAAACAAAUCUGCUUUGAUGUCUCAUAUUACCCAAUGUUGCUCUUUACCUCGCCUGGAGUAUGGAGUGGAUUUUAAAAAUAGGUUCCCCUUGUGUAAAAAUAUUAAAAAUACAUUUGAUCAUUUUUUUUGGUCAUUCUUAUAUCCACUACGAGGUAGCCUUGAAGUGUAAUUAAUCUCUGAAAUAAUGAAUCAUAGAUGAAUGAAGAAUUUUCCCAGUAGAAGCCAGUUUUAAAGAAUGCAAAUGAGGACUGCGUUACCGUAAAGCGUGAACAUCUGGACUGCAGGGUGGUUUUAUUAUUGAAAAGGUCGUUUUUCUUAUCUAGAAAGAAGAAAGUUGUGAAGGGUAAGUUUGAAGAAAAGUCAAUUUUUGUCUUUGGAUGUUUUUGAUUCCUUUUCAGUCCCCAUUAUAAAGUUAAGUCAUCAUGAGGGUGGGAUAGACGAUUAUCGUUUGUGUUGCUGUUUACCCAUGAGACUAAGAAGAAUUUUGUAUGGAACAAAAGCUUAUUGGAAAGUGCUGGAGAAGGUUUACAGGAAGGUUGACGGGAGCCAAGCAUUCAAUGGUUAACUAUAGAUAUCAAUUGCCUUUGAGUAGCUCUGUAGCCACAAGAGAAAUAUUGUGUUUGUAAAGUUUGUUCUAACUGCUCGUGAUUUUUAUUUUUUUGUCCCUCGAGGGACAUCAUCAGUCAAGAUGGCCACAAAAGUAAUGAAAACGUAAAUGCUUUUGCAUCAGCACAAAUUGUGAUUUAACAUGUAUGUUGUCUUCACUUUGGUAGUAGGAUUUCUGUACCUAUUGUAUAUUAUUGUAGAAGGAUGUUGGUUUAUAGUGCUUGAUGUGAAGUUUAAAUGAGUAAUGAUGUCAAAGUUAAAGUAUUUAAAUGACAAAGAAUCUAAUAAUAAACAAGAUAUCCAUCAGUUUGUUGGUAAAAUCCUGUAAUAAUCGAAUGCAGGGCACAUUAUGUAAUUACUUGACAAGUAAAUACAUUUAUGUGCUUACACCCCUCACAUUUGUGUAAAUAUAUCUUUUCAUGUGACAUCAUUGAAGAACUCCAUGCCACAGAGGUUUAAGGCAGUGCUGGAAAAUAAUGAUGGCCAGCCAGACAAAAUAGUUACACUUUGGGCACAAUAUGGACAGUUUCACUUAGGGAUGUGCUCACUUUUGUUGCCAGCGGUUUUGGUUUUAAUGACUGUGUGUGGGCACUAUUUGGACAUUCUCACUUAACGGUUUGCUCAUUUUUGUUUCCAGUGAUUUUGACAUUUAAUGGCUGUGGGCUGAGUUGUUUUCCAAUGGAAAGCUGUAUUUACAAAAAUGUGAAGUGCAUACCCACUUUAUUGAGCUACUGUAAAACUCUUCUACCAAAGUGAAAUGUCCACACUAUGCACCCGUUUCCACAUUGGCUAUGUGAAAAAACAAAUGUUGUAUACAGCCAGAAAGAGUCUAUGUGGCUGCAGUUUCCUAACAUAACAAUGAAUACUGACAUUGUGUGAAAUAAAAAAUUUAAAUCUGUGG